UGACCUGUGUGAGCAGGCAAUCAGCCAAGGAAGAACCGCAAACCGCGAAUGCCCUUCGCCAAGGAAGAAGGAAGCGACUGCCAGACUGCGUCUGCUUACUCUGCCUCACCGUUUCAGCAAUUCAGGCGUUCACUCCGUUCAGCCUUCACUCUUCUUCUCUUCAGGACAGACGUUGAGAAUCUUAAUUGGGAUGCAGGUAAUCGGAACUCGGAAGUUUGAAAAUGACUCCAUUAACGAUGAAUAAUCCCGAAAAAAAUGGUGAUAAUGUUGCAUCAAAAUCUCUAAAUUCAGCUUCAUCAUCAUUCAAAAGACUGGGUAGAAAGUCGCCAUUCACUAGAUAUGGACUUCCUAUGAUCUCCCUCAUGGUGCUUGGAUCUUUUGGUCUUGGCCACCUUUUGCAAGGCAGCAAGGAUAUUGCUAAAGUGAAGGAUGAUCGAGAGUGGGAAAUCAUUGAGACAAAAAAAGCACUUUCUAGAGAAGGGCCUGUGAAUGCAUAUAACCCCAAAAAGAUCAACUUGGAGGAUGAAUUGAAGGCUCUGAAAGAAAAGGUUGAUUUAAACAAUUAUGAAUACAAGAGAAUUCCCAAGCCUGAUAAGAGCAAAUGAAAGGCGCAAUCCAUAGCAUGAAAGCGGCAGCAAUCAAUGUAGGGUAUCUUGUUCUCCUAGAGGCUCUAUUUGGUAGCCUUAUGUUGCUUAUUGAGUAGAAAGAGCGGCUUUUGACUUAUUUGGCUGAAAUGCAUGUCACCAAGGAUACUUUUUCUUUCCGAAACUUCAGCAGAUGCCACCAUUCAACAAAUACCUCUUUAUGCGAGGUUUGAAGUCUUUUCGAACGCCCUUGUAUUUCUGUUGCUGAUUCUGAACUCUGAAGUACAAUGAUGUACAUACACACAUUGAACAUUGUUUGAGCCACUGAAUUACAAUUUUUGCAAGGAACCCACAUUGUUAUACUC